CACAGUUAGGUUUAGAAAGACCUUUGUAACAUUGCUCAAAGUGUCUUCAUUCGGACAGCAGACUUUUUUUAAAGGUGUUUCAGUGACUUCACUGCUUUAGUAUCAACCCGUGUACGUUAAUAUAUGAUAGUGUUUGAGAAAACUUCCGUGAACCGAAAGCAUUAAACUUCUUUAUGGCCUACUUAUGAGAGAAGCGUAUAGUUUGGAUUCACUAGACGGUAUUGCAUUGAAUAUAAACUGAAUUGGAAUCCAAAAUGUACAGGUUGUACUUAUUUCAUGCAAGACCAGUGAUCACUGCAAUCAGCAGAGCAAGGCCUUUUUGGCGUUACAGUGAAAACAUAUUACCAUAACUCCCUCUAGUGGUUGAAACAGGCAUCGGCUUUAGUCCGAUAUUGUAGGUUGAAAGUUCUCAUAGCUCGAACGAUUUAAUGACUUACAAGCGGACAGACGUUAAUGUAGUAAAGCAAUACAAAUUUGACGAAGAGGCCCUCGAGUGACCCGCGCUUAUUUAUUUUGGAAGCGUUAUCUACAUUUGUUUUGCAAAAUGCAACUGUAAUAAAAGACAAUACUGUUUGUCUUUGUGUUCGUACGAAGUUAUUUGUGUUUUUAUAACAGAAACGAGAACUUUACCUUUGAUGAAAUACGUAAACUCAUUAGUUCAUAAUUUAAGGUUACAGAUUACAGAUUUAUGGGGAAAGUGAAGGCAUCGAAGAAAAGUGAUUGAAACAUUGCUGAGUCAUCCUAUAAACAUCAGACUUCAAGAUGAAAUCAGAUUAUAUGGAAGCGGGCCGCACCGAACCACUGAAAGAGUGUUAUGGAAACCACAGGACGCACUAACAAGCCACCAGGCUGAUCAUCUUGUUAGUUGGUUUUAACCAUUACCAAACACCCGUGGGACUUGUCGCGAUUCAACCUCAUUUAUUCUGCCUGUAUGUCUGACAUGCGUCUGUCCUUUGGAGGUUUAAAACGCUUAAAUUCAGAGCAUCGCUCGUCUUUAAAAGCGACCAGUCGUCUCCGUCUUCUGGCGGAGCGCCAGGAUGCUUCUCAACGGCACCAUCUCUCUGUCGGUGGACUUCGACACCUCGGAGGACUACCUUAUCUUCGCCUUCCACAUCCUAUUCGCCACGAGCACCGGGCUGAUCGCUGGCUCGGUGGUGGUCGGGAUCUCCUCCACGCGCUCCCUGCGGGGCCAGAACCGCUUCGUGUUCAUGCUGAACACGAGCGUCAGCGACACGCUGACCGGCUUCUCGGUCUACUACCUCGGCCUCUUCGACGUCCAAGAGGGCUACCCUUCCAGAAACGGGACGUACUAUAUCCUGCCCUCGUUCCUCGGCGUCAACGUGCUGACCUUCCUCUUCGCCCAGUUCGACCGCUACUUCGCCGUGUGCCACCCGUUCUUUUACAACCGUUACGUCACGAGAGCCGCGGUCAUCGGCAUCUGCGUGUUCUGCUGGAUCUACACGUACUCCAUCCUCACCGUGCAGAACGUGGUGCCCAUCUCGAAGGCGGCUCAGAUAAACGCGUUCCUCGUGAUGACCCUGCAGAUCAUAGUUUUCGUCAAAGUGCUGAUGACGAUCAAGCUGUACAUCAUAGCUAGGAGCCACCUGGGGAGGGAGGCGCCGAGCGCGGAGCGCGAAAACAAGAAGGAGUCGCUGCGCAUCAUCGUGUUCGUGGUCAUCUGCUUCCUGGCCCUGUGGUGUCCGUCCUUCGUCAAUAUAAUCGUGAGGCAGCUGACGCGGAAAGGCCUGAGGUUCAGGAACGAGGCCACCAAUCUGUUCGCGAGCAUGGCGCGCCUUAACGCGCUCGUGACCCCAGCUGUGUACAUCUGGGGCAGCCCGGCGCUGCGGGAGGCCGUGUGGAGGACGGUGUGGCGGAGGGUGUGCCCCUGCCGCCGGAGAGCGAGAAUUGACUUUCACUUUGAUGGCGUGACGGAACGUUGAUAACGAAGCAGCCAUCAUCAUAAGGAGAAGGGGUUAAAUGGCCAAAUCGCGCGGCCGACGUGAGAAUGGCUCUCUUUCAUCCCGUUUUUAAAAAAUGACUGAAACAAAAAAACGCAGAUGAACCCUUUUGCGUGAGGGAUACAGGUGUGAUAACAAAGGUGAAGUGUGGAUAUGUUUUGGGGGUUGAAGUGAGACCAAUGAGUUCCGCAUAUUUGAGGUAAUCCAUGACCGUUUGGGGCUAAGAACACUUAUUUCUGACAUUUUUAUUUGGAAACGAUGUUUUUUUUUGUUAUAAGAAACACACCUGUUAUAUUUGUCAUAAACGCUUUCAACAGAAUAAAAUUAAACUUGUGGAUACAUUUAAUCCAUAAUACCACAAUAUAACAGACGGGAUUUGUUUUACCAACCAGGAGAAAGGGAAAUCUGAGCAAUAUUAAAAUGUUUUAACCGGACCCACUCCUUCCCUUCAGGCAGGUUCAUGUGUCUUUGUGGAGGCCUCUGGUUACCGACAAUGUGCAUGUAAACAUGACUGUACUGAAAUGAUAUGUUCAGCUGUGAUUAAGGCUCAGGCGUACUUCUGCUUCCCUGUGGCUCAGCUGGAGCAUUUGGAAUAUUCUAUAGGUGCGUCGUGACCGCUGUCCACGGUGCUGAUCCCGGAUCAGGGAGCAUUCCCGAAUGUUUGGAACCGCAGUGGCUGAAGUUUUUUUGGUUUAUUCUGUUUGGUCACAUUCUGGACUUGUUUCAUUUCCGUCCCUGCAUAGCAAUGGCGGUUGUGUCGUCUCUAUCUGUGCGCGAGCCCUUCUCUCAUGGAAGUGGAAAAACGUCGCGGAGCAAAAUCUGCUGCGCGCGACCGACAAAAGGUUGGUUGAACCAACAACUUUAAGGGGAAACUCUACUUGGUUUUGAAUUGUGGAGGGUUUAGACUUGACAGAUUCGUUCGUUUCAGUCGCUGUAGCUCUGCAGGUUAUGUGAACACAACUGUAUUUGAAACACAUGACGCAUUCAAUGAUCUGUUAAAUGUAUUGUUACAGACAAACGAGCGAACUGAACGGCAGCAAUACGGGCCUUUUUCCACGGCAGGUAUUUCCAUUUUCAGGGCCAUGGUAUUGUGCUGGCUUGUGGAUUUUUUUUUUUUGGCCUACCCUGUCUCCUUCAAAAAAUACGUCCAUAUGAUUUACAGCUCAUUUACAACAUCAAAUUUCUGUAGGAGAAAACGUUAUGUCGCCCGGAUUAGUAUUUGUGGUCAAUGUGAGGAAACGCUGUUAAUUAACAACAAGUUGCAAAAUGUUGAUCAGAUUCAGCAAAAAGCAACAGAUCUUAAUUUGUGUGCAUUAUCGAAUGGUCAAUUGGAUGGUUUAUGCUAAUGAUUUGUGUUCGGUACAUACAUGUUGCACUUAAUAAUAGCAAUAAUGAUAAUUAUCUGCACAAUAAUAACUCCUCUGCAAAAAUGUUUCUCCUUAACAGCGAUUUACUGCACUUCAUUUGGUAAUUCAUUCAAAUAUAUGAAUUAUUAUGCAUUCAAUUAUUAUUAAACAAAUAAAUAAUCACAAUGAUAAUUUAAGCAGGCUGUCCGUUUUACAAAGGUGUGGCUCAUCUGUGUCCUUGAAAUAAGCUUUAUACCAAUUUUUGCCCAACUUGUUGAUAAACCUGCUGCCUGGAUGUGUUCAGGCAACGUUUUUCGAGCAAAUUCAGAUACACACAUCGUGCUGGACCUAAAAUUGACAAUUUUUCAGUUAAAAGUUCUAAUUACUGUCUUUGCUUUCAUAUCUAUUAUUUUUUUAUUUUGUUUUAUAUAUCUUACAUCUUGUUUUUUUCAUUUUACAAAGUGAACCAAAACACAACGAGAAAGAUCUUGGGUAUAUAGAUAAUAAAGAGAGUAAAUAUUAAACCAAAUUCAAACCAUACCUCAUGCUAAGUUAUUCAACUCGCCUUGGUGUAUAAUAUGUGCAAGAAAACAAGAACCUCAACUUGCUGGUUAGUCCGUCACCCUAUAUAUCAUCUUUGUAACAUACAGUGAUGUAAACAAAGUUAUUAGUAUUAUUAUUAUUAUGGCACGCUGUGGUUGCGUGGUGGCUGAAUGGCCCUGAUGAAGGUCAUCAUGAGGGUCAAAGUUGAAGGUGCUAAGCUAUGACCAAGUCAUAUGUCCCAAUAUUUGAAUGCUGCUCAAAGUAUGAGCAGUGCGUAUACUUUGGAAAGGCAUCUGCAGUGCUAGUGCAUGUUGUUUGGGAACACUCAGCAGCUAUGACUUUAAAGUACCACAUCCAUCAACCAUCAGUGACUGGGAGGAUGAGAUAUGAAAGUCACACGAGACACAUUUUUGGUGUCUCUUGGUGACUCCACUACGAGGAACUACAAAAGUACCAAAGCAUACACUCAGCAUACAGAAUGACAUGGCGACGGUGUUUAUGUGAUUACUCUCACUGCCGGAACUCUGCAUUGAGUUGAAAUUUCAACCAAACUGUCUGCUAUAGUUAGCGAGAGAGCUGGUUAGUUAGUGUGCCAUAACCAAAUGAAUGGUUCUUGACUUCAUUAAUUAUUGUCGGAGAGUCAUUUCAAAUACACCCGGGACCGACAGCAGCUCCUCACAGCUCCAAAAAACUUCACCGUACAUUUCCAAACUUAUUAUGAUCAAAUUCUUUGGAUAAACAGAUCACAUGCUGGGAAUCUAAGUUGAUACUUUUCCCCUAAGAAAGUAUUCAAAAGUUUGUUUUUGUUGUUGUUGUUUUUUGCAGGUAAAGCAUGAUAGAGAUGGCGACUGUAAGCAAAAGGUAACAUUCCUCUCUAAAAUGGAAGUAACAUUAGAAAAUGACUCAAUGCACCCUACUUCAGGCAAAAGAUUCGGUGACCAUGUUGCAAAUCCCUUAAUCAGUAUGUUUAAUCUAGUUACCACACAGCAAACGUGGGAGCAAGUAACACAGAAAAACUGUAGAUGGGAGGAAUGGGGGCAGGGGGGUCAAAGGGCAGCAGCUUAUGGUUUUCUGCAGCAGCAUGUAUAUAGGGCAUACUUAAAAUGAGCUUAAAUGUCUGUCAUUAUUUUAAAAGUUUAAGCUUAAACAUUGAUAUGGAAAGUGAGAUGAGGUCAUGCCUCAUGGGGUGAAAAUACAGUUCUGUUCACAUGGGCAGUGGCUUCACAACCAGCUAUAAAAGGACGUUAAAUACAAAGCGCAUUUUUGGAACAAUGCUCCUCCCCAACAUCACAGACUCUGGAGGAGUUCCUCUCUCGGUGAACUUCGACAGUCCUGAGGAUUUUCUCAUUUUUGGUUUUCACAUCGUCUUCGCUACAACCGUAGUUCUGGUAGCCGGUCCCGUGGUCGUCGCCAUCUUGGCCACCAGAGCCCUCCGCCUCCAGAACCGGUUCAUUUUCAUGCUGAACACCAGUAUUUGUGACACUCUGGUCUGGGUUUCGGUGUAUUAUCUCGGUCUGUUCGAUGUCAGCGAGAGAUAUCCGUCCAGAAAUGGAACUCGCAACUUGGUACCGUCUCUCCUCGGGGUGAACGUGAUGACAUUUAUAUUCGCACAGUUUGACCGGUACUCGAUAUCACUCAUUCACCUGUCUGUAACAGACUUUCCAGAGCCAAAUUGCUUUACAUAAGUAAAGUUAGGUUUAGGCAACAAAACAACUUAGUUAAGUUUUGGAAAAUUCAUCAUAGAUAUCAAAACGAACAUAACCGUCACGAAUGUUAUGUUUGGGCAACAAAACCACACAGUCAGGUUUAGAAAGACCUACCGAUAGAUUUAAUCAUUAGCUUUCUAGCCUGUUUUGACACUGGCACACUACUAAACUCAGUUUUUAUAAACAAUCCCCAAAUUCAGCCAUACUCAUAAAAGUUUAACACCAAAAACAUGACUCUGUUCGUUCAUUAAACUGACUUUAGCUCACACAGAAAGGUACCCGAUGGCCUUUUAGUUUAGCUAGCAGAAUGUUUUUGAUUUUCAGCUAAGAUCAAAUUCAAUGUAUUUGUAUGUUACA